AAACGAUUGAGUUCUGAUCGAUUUCCCACGAUGAGCGAUGACGAAGAGUACGAGUUUGAGUACAGCGACAACGACGACGAUGUAGACAUGGGGGACGACGAGAGUAGCCCGGAAGUGGCGAUGGAGAACAAGUACUACCUCGCCAAGGCUGUGCGCGACGAGAAGCAUCAUGACGAGAACGACGCCGUGGAAGCGGCGUUCCAACAAGUCCUCGACCUCGACGAGUUGGGCGAGUCGAUCUGGGGCUUUCGCGCGCUCAAGCAACUGAUUAAGUGGGAGAUCCGCCACAGCGAGUUGGAAAAGGCGAUGAAGCAUUACGAGCAGCUCCUGCAUCGCAUUGCCACGUCUGCCGUGAUCACACGCAACAUGGGCGAGAAAGGUGUGAACGGCGUCUUGGACUUUGUCUCUGCGCACCCCGUCGUGCCCACUAAUGCGUCCGGCACGUCCUCCGCGUCCUCAGACGACAGCGCGUGGGCGAUAUUACAGCAAUUUUACGAAACCACGUUGGCCACAUUGCAGCAAAAUGAGUCGCGCAAUGAGCGGCUGUGGUUUAAAACAAAUUUGAAGCUGGGCAAUCUCCUCUUUGACCGGCGGAUGGACUCGACCAAGCAAAGCAUGCAGUUGCUGCGCAUCGUCAAGGAGUUGCUAGCGUCAUGCGAGGCGAACGCGGCGGCGGUGGACGACGACGACGCUGCUACGACUGGAUUGAAGCACGACUCGCAGCUCCUCGAAGUAUACGCGCUGCAGAUCCAGCUCUACACGGUGCAAAAAGAUAACAAGAAGCUCGUGGAACUGUACGAAAAGGCGCUGCGUGUCAAACCUGGCGUCGCCCAUCCCCGGAUCGUGGGCGUGAUUCGAGAAUGCGGCGGAAAGAUGCACAUGAUGCAGGGCGACUGGGAACAAGCCCGCAAUGCGUUCUUUGAAGGGUUCAAGAAUUUUGACGAAGCGGGCGAAGCAAGGCGGUUGCAAUGCCUCAAGUAUUUGGUACUGGCAAAUAUGCUAGGCGAGUCCAAAAUCAAUGUAUUCGACUCGCAAGAAGCCAAGCCGUACGAACAGGCCAAAGAAAUUGUGGCCAUGACCCAACUUACGGAUGCGUUUAUGAACGACGACAUCAAACAAUUUGAGACUGUUUUGAAUCGACAUGGCCACUCGAUCAUGUCGGAUGGAUUUAUCAAACACUAUGUGGACAACCUCCUUCGCACGAUUCGCAGCAAGGUAGUACUCAAAGUGAUCAAACCCUAUCAAGUCGUGCGAUUGGCUUACAUUGCGUCGGAAUUGAAUGGCAUUGACCGUCAAGAAGUGGAGCACAUUCUUGCAGCUCUAGUUUUGGACGGUAAAGUCCAAGGUCGGAUUGAUCAAGUCAACGGCCUUCUCGUGCUGCGCCCGUACGUUUGAGUUUUCAUAAAUGUGAAUAAUUUUGACUCUUUUUGUUUAUUUUAAAUGUAAUUAGGCACAAAAGCGACGAAAAAUUAGUCGGGGCACUAAACCAGUGGACCCACUCGCUUGAAAAGUUGCGCCGCCAACUGCACGACAAACUGCUUCCCGAAGCAGCCUAAUUACUGGCAAUAAAUAUUGUGCAUUUCGCUCCAAUA